CAGCACAGUAAAAUAAGUGAAUUUAGAUUUACAUAUAUGCAUACAUAUGAAUGUAUAACUAAGCUAAGGAAAAAUUGUAUACCGGCAAUUAGUAAAUUUGUUUGCUGAUAAUAUCUUUUACACAUUUGCUGAUCGAACAACGCACACAGAUAAUGCAAAACAGAUGACAUGCAAUAUGAAUUAUUAUAUUUCCAAGUUAAGCACCUUAAAGUUAACUAUAAAAAUACGUGUAUAAGAUUGUGCGCUUUAAAAUUAACCUCGAACAAUGGAAUGCAUGGUUCAAUACAAAUUUUUUUUGUACAUUACGAGGAAAGCGCCGAAUCUAGGAAGAUUAUCUUACGAAAUGAAGUAAAAAAUGCAAGCAGAUAUGCAUGGAUGUCCAUACAUAUAUGCGUGUAAAGUUUAUGCACACACAUAUGUAUGUACAAUACCAUAUAUUACAUAUAACACAAAUGUGGAAAAUGUUUCACUUUUCGACGAUAGUCUUCAAAUGACGAAUUAACAAUAAAUACUAAAUUUAAUAUAUUCGUGUGCACGGAAAGUUCUCAAGUAAUUUUGUUAUAUAGCUGUUCUAAGCUAUUCUAAUUCUAACUAUUUUAGUAUAUUCUAAUUCUUUGCACCUAUAAGGUUUCUUUAAAAUAUGCGCUUAACAGUUCUAUUAAUAUUUUUAUACGGAAAAGCAAUAAAUUAUGUUGCAUGCAAUGAAAAACGGUCUACGAACUGUGGUGAUUUGUCUGAUUGUGUUGCUGAAAAACCAAAUAUAUGCGCAUUGGACAAGCAAAAUGUGUGUUUCAAAUAUUUUGACUCCUUGUGCCAUUUAGAGUAUGAGCAAUGCAAACAGCAACUAGAGUACUUAAUUUAUUUGGACAAAUACUGUGAGAAUGACGCGUUCAUGUGCAUCAAAGAAAAGGAAGAUUUUUCGGAAGCUGCAACAGUCGUCCGCUUAUUAUAAAUUAUUCCAUAUAAUUAACUACAACAACAAUUUUUGUAUAGCGCUAAUUUACAGCGUCCAAUUUCUAGUCACUAACCUUUUCAUUACACAUUCACUUGUUUAAAUAGUUUUUAUAUAUAUUUUAUUAGUUUUACAAAUUUUUCUUCAAUGCGCUUUUUCCCCGCCGCUUCAGUACGAAAGCAACAACACAACUCAAUUGCAAAAAAUUCUAUCCACCACAGCGUUCACAAUAAUGUGAAAUUCUUAAAACUUUUAUUAAAUUUAUCCACUUUACCACUAUAACUUUUCACUCCAAGUGAUGUAUUUCUUGGUCGAAUUGAAUGCGAAAUAUUGCAGAAAACAUCGUUCACUAUCUAGUGUCUAUACUGAAAUCGCUACGACUGUUGGACGUUCUUCCGACUGUCGGGUCUACGUUACCGGAACGACCCGGAUUUACUAUUAUAUAUCCGGCCAAGGACUGUCGCUCCAGCAGCACUCCCCGUACAUAUAUGGGGAAUGUUUUUGCUGUUACAACAACAACAACAACAAGAGUUUUCGGAUGAAAAGUUUGAAUGAUGAUGACCUGAUGUUUACGAAAAAAUCUCCA